AUGGCGCAGACAAACGUGGUUGCGUUUAAUAUCGGCGCCCUCGUCUCGACUCUGUUUCUGCUCGAGUACGGCGCCGAUAAGUUUAUCGCUCACGCAACUGCAAUCGCAGGACGUAUAGGCGUGUCGGAGGUGGUUAUUGGACUGCUCACAGCAGGCGCAGAAUGGGAAGAGCUCGCCGUUGUCGUCGCGUCUCUGGCGCAAGGCCGUUCCUCUUUGGCCAUUGGCAACGUGGUUGGCUCGGCCAUCUCCAAUAUCCUAGGCGCGUUUUCUCUCGGCCUGCUGUGUUAUGAGAAGGAACAGCCGAUCGAAUUCGAUAGGAGCUCUCGGAUUUACUCUCUUAUGACUCUUGUCUUAACUACGUUGGUGACUCCAAUCAUCUACUUCGCGACGAGAAUCACUUGGCUAGUUUGUGGGCCUCUUUUGGUGGCGAUAUUCGGUGUCUAUUUCCUGCUCAUUGCUCUGGCAAUUGGCCGAGGGAUUCUUACGGCGCCAGAAGAUUCAGAUGAUAGUGAUGAUGAUGAUGUUAGCUCUGACGACGCAAGCUCUGUGGGGAGUAGAACAGGGCUUCUCGCCGAUAACUCUAACACAAACAUCAGGCAGCGCCGCAAUCGUCACCGGCUUGGCUAUCAUGGAUUCUAUCUGUGUUUUGGAUUCCUCGCUAUAUGUCUUGCCGGCUACGUGAUUUCACAAGCGGCAAUCAACAUCAUCGAUCAACUUGGCGUCUCGGACGUACUCUUCAGCGUCAUCAUUAUUGCCAUCGCUACUACACUCCCUGAGAAGUUUAUUGCUGUCAUGAGUGGUUACCGUGGCCACACUGGGAUCCUCGUCGCCAACUGUGCUGGUAGUAACAUAUUCCUUCUGUCACUUUGCUGCGGCAUCAUUAUGAUUGACACAAAGGGAACCUUGAAAGGGGGCAAUGUGACUGUCUCAGAACUGGCAGUGUUAUGGGCUUCAACUGCUGUAUUCACCGCUACAGUCUGGUUUGGCGCUAGGUUUUCUCGCUGGAUAGGUGGAGCUAUGGUUAUCGGGUACAUUGCAUUCAUUGUGCUGGAGUUUACCGUAAUUCACGGAGUGGCGGGUUAG